ACGCAGCCCUUAAAGAGAUGAACGAAGAAGAAGAAAGUGUUGCUAACGCUAACAAUGGCAGCUAACACGGAGCUCCGGAUGGAUCAGCUCCCUUCAGACCCGCUGCUGCACGUCUUAUCCUACCUGGGCUUCAGAGAUCUGAUCCACUGUAGUUUUGUCAGCAGGAGGUUGAACGACUUGUCCAAACACAACCCGCUGUGGAAAUGUCUCUGCUCCAAACACUGGCUGCUGACUGAUGCGGAGCGGCUGCAGAGCGGCGUGUCCUGGUACUGCCUCUUCAAACAGUCCUACAGAGACCUGGGCCGCUACAUGCAGCACUACGCGCUGCUGAAGAGAUCCUGGGAGCAGCUGAAGGACUUCCUGCUGCAGAAAUGUCCUCGCAUGAUCGCGUCGCUCAAAGAGGGCGCCACAGAGGUGGAGCUUAACGACAUUGAGGCUCAGAUCGGCUUCAGACUCCCAGACGACUACCGCUGCUCGUACCGCAUCCACAACGGGCAGAAGCUGGUGAUCCCCGGGCUGAUGGGCAGCAUGUCCCUGUCUAACCACUACCGCUCUGAGGUGCUGCUGGACGUGGAGACGGCGGCGGGGGGCUUCCAGCAGAGGAAGGGGAUGCGGCGCUGCCUCCCGCUCACCUUCUGCUUCCACACCGGACUCAGCCAGUACAUGGCUCUGGAGCCCGCCGAGGGCCGCAGGAUGUUCGAGAGCUUCUACCCCUGCCCCGAUCAGACGGCUCAGGAUCCGUCGGCCAUCGACAUGUUCAUCACAGGUUCUUGCUUCUUGGAGUGGUUCACGGCGUACGUGCACAACGUGGUCAGCGGCGAAUACCCGAUCAUCAGAGACCAGAUCUUCAGGUAUGUGCACGACAAGAGCUGCGUGGCGACCACCGGAGACAUCACCGUCUCCGUUUCUACCUCCUUCCUGCCUGAGCUCUCGUCCGUGCACCCGCCGCACUUCUUCUUCACCUACCGCAUCAGAAUAGAGAUGUCGACCAGCGCGUCGCCUGAAGCUGCCUGUCAGCUCGACAGCCGCUACUGGAAGAUCACCACCUCCGACGGCAACGUGGAGGAAGUUCAGGGGCCCGGCGUGGUCGGAGAGUUUCCCGUCAUGACUCCGGGGAAAGUCCACGAGUACGCCAGCUGCACCACCUUCUCCACCCCGUCAGAGUACAUGGAGGGUCACUACACCUUCCACAGACUGGCUAAUAAAGAAGAAGUUUUCCACGUGGCCAUCCCUCGUUUCCACAUGGUCUGCCCGCCCUUCAGAGAGCCGGUGGUUCGAACGCAGAAGGCGUCGACCAGGCGCUUCGACGACCACGCCGACGACCAUGACGACGACGGCGACGACGGCGAGUACUGCGAUGGAGACGGAGACGACUUCGGCGACCUGAGAGGGAUCAACAUGGCCGCCUUGGAGGGGGCGUGGUGCCCACGACACAUUUGACCUCUUCAGCGUCGUGAAGAAGAACAGAGGGGCCUGUCAAUCAUCCAGGCGUUAACAAACACCUGGAUGAUUGACAGGCAGCAGGGGAUUCUGGGAAAGGUAACCAGAGCCAUAUGUGGGACGGCAGCGCGUCGACUUCCAGCUGCCAAAAUGAAACUACAAAAUGUGAAUGAGGUGAAGUUUCAUAGAAAGGUUUUCUUAUUUUCCUCAUAUGUUGGCGAGGCGGGACAACGAGGCGGGACAACGAGGCGGUACAAAGAGGCGGGACAACGAUGCGGGACAAAGAGGCGGGACAAAGAGGCGGGACGGCGGCGUCGCUCCUCGGCUUUAAAGGAUUAUUUGUGGCGUCGCAGAAAGCCGAGUUGUGCCUGUUUCUGUACGAACUCCUCGUGGAGGUUAAGAUGUGCGGUGGUUCUCGAUGAGCGGGGAGGUCAAAGCUCCUUUAAAUUAUUUCAAGUCUUUUCCACUGCAGGAACGCGGCGGCCAGACGUCUCCAGCGUCAGAAGACUCCUUCACGUGUUUCAUAUUCACGCCGUCAUUCAUUCAUAAAUCUCUGCUCGCUUUGCUUUCAUCCAAACAAACUUUAACUUUUCUUUUUUAAAUGUGUGAACGAUUUUUUCACAUUUUUAUCGUUUUUACUUUGUUUUGACCCCAAUGUUUGAAAUUUGGAGACAUUUACAACCAAAUGUCUAAACGGCGUCCGGCUGCUGACACGCAGACGAGCGCCGAGAGGAAGACGAAGACGAAGACGCUCCAGAAUAUCGAUGAUCAUGAUCCGAACAUCUGGAGCCGUGAAGAGUUCCUGCAGUGGAAACGAUGUCUCGUGUCCUCCUCUCUCCACUUGGCAGAGUGAUUAUGGGAUGUUCAAGUUGUUUCGUGCUUCGGUGUUUCACGCUGUCGCUCGUGUAGCGCGAGGACGUGUCGUGUGAUUGGUGGGUUUGUUUUGUAUGUUUUUGGCUAAAUAAAUGAGAAAUAUUCAUCGCU